UAACUAUUUGCUGAAACAAGAGUGUGCUGCAUCGGCCGAGCAGUGAGUCAGCUCUUUGGUGGCAUUGGGGGGAGCCGAGUGUCCGUUGGGAUGCAGCCAUGGCCCGGCAGCAGAUAGGAGACGCCGUCUGUCAAGCUUUUUGCUUCAGUUAAGAAAGAAGAGCAAAUCUUCCAGGCAAGCAAUUUCUGAGGACUGAAGGACCUGCUAAAGGGAACACCUGCUUUUGAGGUUGCAGAGGUGCUAAAGCAUGGCUGACUUGGAUCACAACCUCAGUCUUGCGGAUGCUCUGUCAGAGCCGCCCCCCGAGAUUGAGGAAGAAGUGAAAAGGGACUUCAUUGCCACGCUGGAAGCAGAGAAGUUUGAUGAUGUGGUUGGAGAAACAGUAGAUAAAACAGACUAUGUUCCUCUGCUGGAUGACGACGAUGCAAAACCCGGGAGCCAGGAACCAAAAAGCAAACCCCAUGCAGACGGUAUUCAGGGGGAACAUACUUCAGCUUCUGGGCCAACAGUUGUAGAAAAUGGUGACCACGGAAUAGAAGAUCACCGCACAGUGUUCCCAGGAGAAAUCAUGGAUGAAAAGCUGUCCUACAAAGACUUUCUGGAUCGCAAUGAUACCUGGACGGUGGACGACAGAGACCUGUGCUUUGAAUCGCAGCCUGUGUUCAAACCCAUGGAGAUGACUGACCCCUUCAGCAUGCACAGAGGGGAGAACCUGCCUGAUUUGUCUUUCCCUACUGACAUGAAGAAUGUGCCGCUCUACACGGACUAUGUCGAUGCUUCCAGAGACGUCCAUGCACCACAUGGAUCUAUGAUGGUACCUGAACAACCUUUCUUGGGGCCCCUGUAUUCUCCUGCAGAGGCUCUAGACUCAUCAGCCUUCGUGGGCCUGGUUUCAAAUGCAGAAUUUCUGCAAGACAAAGCAGUGCCUGAAGAACAUUGGAUGGGAGCUCAGCACGAUGUGAAGGGACCAGAUGCCUCUUUCUUUGUUGAGCCAUCAGUGCCCCCCGCAGCGACUGAAGCCAUCAAGCCGGAUUUGCCGGAAAGCCCUGCAGCACUGACUCCUGGCGUCGUCCCUCCUGCAGUAACGGCGUCCCCAGGAGAGGCUGGAGCUGCUGAUGGACCAAGAGGUGCCACCUCAGCAGAUGCAGCGCCUGUUCCUGCCUGGGAUGUCAUGGCUGUUUCUGCAGAAAACGCUGGCUCCGUUCUUGCAGGAGACACCAAGCCCCCUCAAGCUCUGGAUGCUGGAUUUGCGCCUGCGGCAGAAGCCAGCCCUCUUCAGGCUACAGAUGUUGGGUUUGCUCCUGCACCAGAAACCAAGGCUCCUCCUGCUGGCAGUCCUGCGUCCGCCCCGGUGGCAGGCACUGGCUUGGCCCCAGCAGCAGAUGCUGUCUUCCAUUAUGCUACGGAUUUGGAGUUUGCCCCAGCGGAAGAUGCAGGCUUUGCCCCGGCAGCAGAUAUGGAAUCUCACCAUGGUGUGGAUUUGGCAUUUGCCCCAGCAGCAGAUAUGGAAUCUCACCACGCUAUGGACAUGGCAUUUGCCCCAGCAGCAGAUGUGGAAUCUCACCACGCUAUGGACAUGGCAUUUGCCCCAGCAGCAGAUGUGGAAUCUCACCACGCUAUGGACAUGGCAUUUGCCCCAGCAGCAGAUGUGGAAUCUCACCAUGCUGUGGAUGCAGAGUUUGCCCCGGCAGCAGAUGCAGAGUUUGCCCCGGCAGCAGAAGUCAACCAUCACCAUGCUACGGAUUCUGGGUUUGCUCCUGCAGCAGAAGCCAAGCCUCUUCCUGCCAUGGAUUCUGGGAUUGCCUCUGUGGAAGCCGAGUCCCUCUCUGCAGCUGACACCAAGGUUGGAGCAUCUGAAGAGCUGAUGACAUCCCAGCCUUCUGUUGAGCAAGACAAGUCACCCUUCGACAAGCCUCCUGCAGAAGCAACUGCGAAUGUGGAACAAGAAUUGAAAGUCCCAGAAGCUUGUGUUGGUCUUUUGGAGAAAGCUGAAGACGACAGAGCGUCUCCCAGCCACCACGAGCAGCAUCUUCCCCAACAGACGAACCAUCUUUCGGAACCAGCAGUUCCAGUAGAAGCAAAAGAAGCCGUUGCACUAGAAAAUAAAGACCUUCUUCCAGAAAAAUCUGUUACUACUGUGGAUGUUGCUGUUACGGAGAAACAAAAGGAGGCGGCCGAACACAACCAUGUCCAACACGCAGAACCUCAGCAAGAAAAAACCCCGCCAGAGCCCACAGGUCUACCUACUGCACAAAUAAGGCAAGCUAACAAAUCAAGUGAACGCAGGUUUGGCAGAGCAAAACCUGCACCAGUGCCUAUUGCAGAUGUACCAGAGGAACGGCCAGUAGGUCUCCCACAACGGAAGAGUUCUGACCCAAAAGUAGACCCCUGUUCCGUAGUGGAACUCGGAUGUGUUGCCAGAACGUCCCCUCGCAGUAGGGUUUCGCAUGAAAAGACAACGGAGCAGCCAUCCAACGUGCCGUCGGAGUUUGUGGAGAGCUGCAGAGAUGUACCAAGGGAGAGCUGGGAUUUGGAAGGUUCUCUGGCCGUUGUGAAGAAAAAGAAAAAGAAACCGAAACAAAAGAGAAACCAGCUGCCAAGAACGAUGGAGUUCUGGGAUGACAAUGUAACAGUCUCAAAAGCUCCUCAAAAUUCUCCGUUUGCUGUCGAAUUGCAAAAACCAGAUGUCUGUCCCGUUCUGCCUGCUGAAGCUCGCAGAGAGCAGUCAAUUGCCUCAGGAAGCAGAGCUCCAGGUACGCCAAAGGGUGCGAAAAUCGUACCUGGAAGUCAUAUCCUGGCUGAGCAAAAUGCCUUCUCGGUGCCAGCACCGGGACAGCAGGCCCAAAAACCUGACGUGCCGUUAGAAUCUGGCUCGGAUGCAAAAAAUGGAGACGUCAUGAAAGGGGAAGAAAGGAGAGAUGACAGUUUGGUGCCGCAAUCUAAAGGCAAAAGGAAAGAGGUUCCCUUGCAGCAGGUAGGCGAGACUAAGGUGGAGGAAUCUAUUGCAGCCAAGGAGCCAACCAAGCCUGUGGAAAGAGAUCUUCUUGACAAAAACGAAAAGAGGGAGCAUAAGGAGUCAAACUGUGCUGCCCCGCUGCCAUCUCUUUCAGAAGCCGCCGAUCCAAGCAAAGUAGAAACUCCUUUAGAGACUAAACCUCCAGAAUUGCUCCUUUGUGAUAAAGCGAAGGAGGCCAAACGUGCGUCUCCUGGGCGUGAAGCGUUCGGUGGUGCUGGCCAUCCUGAGCUUCAGACUUCCAGCGGGGCACGAGAAGAAGCGGCAAAGAAAAGAGGUAGUUGUGACAAAAGCAAAGGGGUUGGGAAUGAAUCCCUCCAAGAGCCUGUUCUUCUGGAGGCCGCGGCCCCCUCAGACAAGCUUCCUAACGAGCCAAAGGCAGAUGAUGAAAUCAAACCAGUGUCCUCCGAUAAGCACAGGGCCGUUGACUGUAGUACUUCCGAGGGAGUGUUGAAAACUCCGAUAGAUACUACUAAAAUGCCUCUUACACCAUUGGUUUUACCGAAACCCGAGGAAGUCGCUGCUUUGCAGAGCAGAAAAGCUGCCGGUUUUUCAGAGCAGCCCUUUCUUCUGCCGGCAAAGUCUGACGCAACCGACCAUCCCGCCUCUGCCGAAGCAGCGGACAGAGCGACGGUAGCAGAUUCCCCUGAUAAAAACAAAGGGAAAGGAUUUAGUGCGUUAGAGCAGCAGACGGGAAAAGAUCCCAAUAUUGCGCAUGGGAUGGACAGACCUAAAAAAAAGCGCGGUGAAGGGAGAGUGAAAAAAAUCAAAAGCUUCUCUGAGCAGAUGAUGCUUUCGGAGGAUGGCGCGAGGACAGAUGAGAAUAUAAAAGAACCAACUUCCCCUGAUAAAGGCAGAGGUUUUGCUGCAAGGGGACAUCCGUCAGGAGGCAUUACACAUGCUUACCCUGCAGACAAGCCAAAAAAAAGAGGUAGUGAUGGGAGAAGUAAAAAAGGUGAAAGAAGUUUUUUCCAGCAGCCUUUUCUUGAGACGAAGGUGGACCCAAGCAGUUCUCCCGACGUAACCGAUAAAACGAAGGAAGUUAGCGUGAGUGCUAAAGGCAGAGAGAGGGGCUGUGUUACUGCUGAGUGCUUUCAGGAGAAUACAUCAGAUGUAAGUAAGAUGCAAAAGUCAAGUGAGUUGGUAGCAGAGAAGCCUAAAGAAAGCGUUGGAAAAAAUGAAAUAGUUGAUUCAGGUGCUUUAGACCAACCAGCUCUGGGGAGCAGGGGAGAGGAAGCGAAGCACCUUGCUGCGGCUGACACGAUCAGCACAGCAAAGGAGGUAGAUUGGAUGAAUAAAAGCAAAGAGGCCGGAAUUACUUCUGCAAGUGAAUCGGUUGCAGUAAAUUCUGCUGCCGCGCUGGUGGCGGACAAAGCGAGGAAGAGGUGUAGCGACGGGAAAAGGAAAAAAACCGACAAAAGUCCUGUGGGGCGGGCAGCUGCCCUGGGUGCUGGGGGGGAAACAAGCCCUUCUCCAAGCAAAGAGAAGGCAGCUGGAAACACGAAAGAAAUGACCGUUGAUAAAGAUAAGGGGUCUGGUUCUGAAAGAGAGCUUUUGCCGGAGAAUCUGAUGGGUUUAACCAAAGGGCUGCUGGAAAAGCCUGAAAUACAAAAUGGCAAUAGAAGUUUCUCUAAUCAAGCGGUUCUUUCAGGUCAUAAAAUAGAAAUGGCAGAGACAGAAAUAGUCAGCGCUAAAGAAAUUUGGCCCAUGAGUAAAGGUAAGGAACUAGAUAGAUCCCAGCCUCUCCCAGAGCACAAGGCGGACGCGAUUGCGGCACGAGGUCCCACCGGGGGACUGGUGAUGGACAAGCCUAGGAAAAAAAGCAGAGACGUGAGAGGCAAAAAGGCUGAAAAUAGUCCUGAGCGCUCUGCGCUGGGUCCAGGUAAUGUCCCUGCAGUAGGUGAAGAGGUGGGAAAUACUAAACAAGCUCAGUCUGUUGAUAAAGGAGGCAAAGAGGCUAAUUCCGGUCCUUCAGCGGGUCUGCGAGGUGACCUGACUGCGGCUGCUGAGGUGCCAGCUCCGGCUGUUCCGCUGGAGCCGGAAAAAUCGCACACAAGUAAUAAGGAGAAAUGCAAAACGAUGGAGGCCAACUUGCAGCAGCCGUGUCUUCCGCAGCGUAACGCAGGCGCAGAGAUGUUUCCUCCUCGCGACCUGGAGAGAACUGACACAUGUGAAGCAGAAAGUCCUGCUCCUUGUAGCAGAGGAAAGGGUGGAAUUCCUAUCCCAGAGCAUCUGGCAGCGGCAGAUCACACCUUUACUGAUGGAUCUAAAAAGAAGGAUUUUGAUGGAAGUAGUAAAAAGGCUAAAAAUGCUGCUGAGCAACCUGUUUUUCUCGAGCCAAAAACAAACGGGAGAGAAGCGCAGCCUCCCGUGGGAUCUGCGAUGGGGUAUGGAAUGGAAGAGGUGGAUUUUGUAGAUGAAAACAGAAAUAUUAAAAACUUUCCCGUUGGCCCUCAAAUGCUUUGGAAUAAUAAAGGAAGCGACUUGGGAUCCUUCGCUCAGCCCGCAGGAGCUGGUCCCGAUAACAUCGGCAGUGUUUCCUCUGGCUUCCCAAAGCAGAGAGACGAGGGGGUGAGGAAUAAGGGGCUCCCUCCUCCUGAAGGGGUGGCAGAGGGCGGCAGCGUUGUGCCCGCGUCUGGUACGAAGGAGGAGACGCAGGCGCAGAAAUUUUGCGAGCAGCCCAUCGACCUGGGACGCGAAGAGCCUGGAAAAGAAGCUUCGAAGGAAGACGGUAAAACCAAAGCGGCUGGUUCCCAGGAUGGGAGCGAGGUGGGUAAACCACUGUCUUCGGAUGGUUCGCUUAAACAGGACGUUAAAUCAAAGACGGACGAAGUUCCCCUUUCUCCUGGGGCAAAGGUGGGUGACAAAGAAAUAAGAACCGUUGAUAAAAACCAAAAUGCUGACACCGCUUCCCCAGACCGUCCUCGGAAGGUGGCCGAUUCAAACAGUACGGCGGCUCCUGUAGGUGCCAAAGGGGCAGAGGAAGCAGAAGCACCCGUCUCUGCCGGAGGGAAGGGCGCUGGGGGCGUUUCCCCGGCGCUUGCAGCGGCGCCGGGCAGCGAGGCAGAAGCGCGGGUGGAGGAUAAAGCUGAAGAGGCUGAGCUGGGUGGAGGUAGGAAGGGUGAGCAGAUCUUGGACAAUCAAGCGGCCCAAGCAGAGGCUGCUGGUUUAAACCUGACAGCUGCCCAAACAACCCCAAUAAGUCCCCAAAAUAACGAUAAAGGUCAUUCUCAGCCAGCAGCAGAGGAUGCUGCUCACGGUGGGGAAGCUCACCUGAAGGAUGCCCCGGCCUUGAAGCCCGAAGGAGAUAAACCUGAAGGCGCAACUAAAGAUAAAGAAGAGGAAUGUGAACAAAAAGCCGUGAAGGAUGCCAAGAAAGAGAGAGUUAAAGCGGCAGAACAGAUAAAAGGCUACAUGAGACCCACAAAAUCCAGAGGGGUGCCACCUCUGCCGGCCAGGCCUGCUGCUCCAGAGCGGGAGAAACAAAGGCAGCCGAAACCCACUGGUAUGAGCCGGCCUCAGAGGCAAGAAAAAGGAAAACCAGAAGAGACCAAACCAGCUGAUGCUGUGACAGGGAACGAUAUCACGGCACCUCCCAACAAAGAGCUUCCUCCCAGCCCCGAGAAGAAGACAAAGCCUGCCGCGGCCGCAUCCUCUACAAAACCUGCAGCAACGAAAGCCAGGCCGCUGGCCGCCCCCAGCCCCAAGCGGCCAGCGUCUGCCGCGCCUGGCCCAAACAAAAAACCCACCAGCCCUACUGCAGGUCCUCCUUCGGCCACCGCCGCUAAGCGCCCGGCCACCAGCACCGCGCGGCCCUCCUCCUUAACUCCAAAAGAGAUUAAACCAAAGGUUGCAGAUGCGAAGACCCUGGAGAAACGAACCUCACCUUCAAAGCCUCCAUCAUCGGCCACUUCCAGAACCGCUGCCAGGAGCAGCCCUGCUCCUCCUCGGACAACAGCGGCAUCGCCGGUCACUGCCGCUGGGGCGAAGAACACCGCCACUUCUCCACCCAAGAGGCCAACGUCUAUCAAGACCGAUGCAAAGCCUGCAGAUGCGAAGAAGACCUCUGCAAAGUCACCCUCAGCAGACUUGAGCCGCCCGAAGAGCGCUACUGGCAAUGCAGUAAAAAGUAGUGCCACCACUCCUUCCACCACCGCCUCCAGCGCACCUACUUUACCCGGAGUAGCCACCAGUCGGCCCAAACCCAAACCUGCUGCAACCAAACCCACCACAACCUCCACCACGACCGCAGAUGCUAAAAAAACAACUGCGAAGGCUCCGACUAAACCCAGCACUGCUUCCAAGCCACCUCGCCCAACCAGCAGCGUUUCGGCCCCAGACCUGAAAAACGUACGUUCCAAAAUCGGAUCAACAGAUAAUAUUAAACAUCAGCCUGGUGGAGGAAAGGGGAAAAUAGAGAAAAAGCCAGAAUCAACCGCUGCUGCACGAAAGUCUGAACCCAAUGCGGUCUCUAAAAUGGCUACUACUAAAACAACCGUAUCAAAAGAGGGUGCCCCAAAACAGCCCAAUGGGAAAGUCCAGAUAGUCUCCAAAAAAGCGAACUACAGCCAUGUUCAGUCCAAGUGUGGUUCCAAGGACAAUAUUAAGCAUGUCCCUGGAGGUGGGAAUGUGCAGAUCCAGAACAAGAAAGUCGACCUUUCCAAAGUGUCCUCCAAGUGUGGCUCUAAAGCAAAUAUCAAGCAUAAGCCAGGGGGAGGAGAUGUCAAAAUUGAGAACCAGAAGCUGAACUUCAAGGAGAAGGCCCAAGCCAAAGUGGGUUCUCUGGACAACGUGGGACACUCGCCAGCAGGAGGAACCGUGAAGAUUGAAUCCCACAAGCUGACGUUCCGUGAGAAGGCCAAGGCUCGAACGGACCACGGAGCGGAAAUCGUCGUCUCCAAACCCCCCAACCUUUCCAGCAGCACUUCCCCCUGGCGUAGCACAUCCGUCAGCGACAGCCUGGGCUCAGUCGCCUCCUUGUCACCGCUGCAACAGCCAGCUCCCCUUGCGGCGCUUUCCCAGCAAGGCUUGUGACCCCCCCCGGCCCCGUCUCCCGCCUUUCCCCCCCGCAGAGUAACGCAGCUUGGCUCUCUUAACCCGCCGUCUGGCUUUAGAUGGGAAGGGGACAGCGUUUUAGCAGGGCUCCGCGUCCCGUUCGGCCGCGCUGGCUCCUCCACGCAGCCUGGAGGCUCCCCCUGCCCGCGCGGGCUGGGCUCCGGUGGUCCCUUCUUGGCCGGAAAGGGCUUCCCUCCCUCUCCUGCCGUGUCCCUUUGGCUUUUCGGGAGGGGGACGCUAGGGUCAGCGUUAGUGUCGUGUGGCGGGGACGGGUGUCUAGUGGCUUCCAGGCCGUGUCCCCGAGCCCGGGCGGCCGGGCCGGAGCGCGGCUGCGCUGCUGGUGGCUGAAGCCAGGCCAGAGUUGAUAGGGAUAAGCUGUGAUCUAGCUAUUAUCUAUCUAUCUUUUUUUUUUUUUUUUUUUUUUUUUUUUGAAAGAAAAAAAAAAAAAAACCAAACCACCCAACCUUUUCCUCCUUGCCGCUUCAGUUUCUGCUGAUCCUGUUUGAUGAUGAUAUAUAUUAUACACACACGUUAGGCUGUUUUAACUGUUGACUUUAACCUUUUAUUCUUCGUGACGCUGUGUUGAUGAUUUAUCGUGCUACGAACCCCCCGCUAAGUUUCCUUUUCUCUUUCCACCUUUCCCUGACCGUAGGAGAGUUAGAGACAUUAACCGCUGCUGCAGUGCUGGCUUCUUAUUGACAUAUCCAGCAGUUGUAACUUCUUUGUUGUUGUUUUGUUCUCUUUCUUCUUCUUCUUCUUCUUCUUCUUUUUUUUUUUUUGUUAAAUAUUUUAAAACGAUGGAGCAAAUUCAUGGGAUUUAAGCCAUGUCUGAGAUGAAAGGCACAAGAAUGUGUGAAAGGCAAAGGUGCUGUGAGAGGUCAGAUGAAGCCUGUGGUUGACUCUGCAACGAGACGCGUUGAAUCGAUGCUCGUUUGAGGAAAAAAAAAAAUAAAAACGAAACAACAAAACAAAACAAACCCUCCUGUAAGGCCAAAACCGCCAGCCCCGGAGGAUGCCUAGGACGUUCUGCGCGUUAGCAAGGCAAAGACGGUUUAUUUAUUCACUUGCACAGCCAAAGCCCUGGGAUUUCUCUCUUCCCGGCGGGGGCGGGAGGCCUGGAGGAAGGGCAGGAGGCUGCUUUCGCGGCGGAGUUGCAGGUUGGACGCAGGCCCCGAGUUCCGAGGCUAAAGCAGGUCUGUGGCGUGCGUGCGUGCGUGCGUGCGUGCGCGGCGUUUUUAAGAGGCCGAUGGCUGGGGGUGACCCCAUCGUCAGGCUCGAGUGAGGCCGGUGAGGCGGGGGACAGGCGUGAGGCGGGGGACGAGGACGGGCAGAGCCCCCGGCCGGGGCGGGGGAGCCGGGCUCCGGUGCCGGGGAGCUGCAGCUCUUGACUAAGGAAGGAGAAUUAUUCUUAUUUUGGGGGUUUUUCUUGGUUUUUUUUUUUUUUUUUUUCUUUUUAACCUCCUCUUUGAGGCGUGAGCUCCUCCGUUUCGUGUUGCAAAUGACACUAAAGAAAUGAAAUGUAAAUAAAUUAAAAAAAAAAAAAAAAGGCGUUCUUGGUUGUCAAACUAAUUUAAAGCAAAAAAAGAAAAAAAAAAAAAAAAAAAAAGGUGGAAUAACAAAAGGCUGGGAUCAAAGUGAAGUGAAGCCGGCGGGCGCUGAGCGGGGAGCUGAAGGAGGGGACGGAGGGAAGCCUGCGGCUUCUCUGGCUUGGGGGAAUAUUUCUUUGGGAAGCCGACAAUGACACGAUAACCCGGAAUCUGUAUUUACACACAAAAGAUUCUUAUUGCACUUGUAUUUUUUAUAUUAAAGUUUGCAUGAUUUCUAAUAAAAAUGGCAUUAAAAUGUACUAGUUUGCAUCAAAGUCGUCUGCUAGUUUCAUAAGUGCUUUUUUUAUUUUUUUUCUUUUUUCUCUGAAUGCAAAAUUUAAAUAAGCAAUGCAGAUUUGCACCUGAAAGGGGCGGUUAUAUAUACCCCAGCAACCUCCCACUGCUUUCCUUCCUCCUCCUCAUCCUCCUCCUCCUCCUCCUCCUCCUUCUCCUUCUCCUCCUCCUCCUCACCUCUCCUGCCCCAUCCCUCUAACCCCAGACCGGGGCACGCGCCCGCGCCGGUGGCUCCCUGCCCUGGUGUUGCGCUUGCCAAGGCCAGCCCUGGACUAGCCCAGCACUAACGCCCCGGGUGGCUCUCCGGGGAGAGCAAAGCGGCCGCCGAUGCCGGCUCCGGGCUGGGGUUGGGAACCUCCUUCGUGACGAGCGGAGCUGUGUCCCCACGCUCGGAGACCCCGCAGCCGCUCCCUGCGGCUGCCGCCUCCCGCCACCCCUUCGCCUGCAUGUCGCCCUCCGGUAUAUAUCACUGCCCCUUCGCUGCCGCUCCCUCCUUUCUCUCACCGCUAAAUUCUAAACACCAGCGAGAUCUUGUCGAGCUCGGGGUUUGGUUGUGUGGUUUGGGGUUUGUUUCGCGUUUUGUUUUUUUUUUUUGUUUUUUUUUUUUUUUCCAUUAUUAUUUCCAACACUUGAAUCGAGGGGAAGUUCGGAGGUGAGGGAGCUGGAGGGGCGCAGGCCGAGCCCCGCCGCAGGAGGGGGCCGGGGCUGGGUUUCCCACCCCCCCGACCACAACCUGGAUCUGCUCCCGGCAGGGACUGGCCAGAGGAUGCCGGGGUGCGCGGAGCCCGGCUCCCUGAGGGCGAAUCCUCAUGGGCAGCAGGAUGGAGCCGGGCUCCAGGCUCGCCGGCUGGGCAGAGGAGCGGGGAAGUGGCCCAGGAGCAGCCGCGGGCUGGAGGAAGGGCCGACGGUGUCGCGGAGAACCAGAGAGGAGGUGGAAGCCCAUCCGUCACCUUCCUCCCGCGGCUCCUCCGCGGGGGUGCGAUGCCCGGGCGCGGGGAGGCAGCCGGCCACCGGGCUCCCUUCAGGUGCCGCAGGAGGAAGGCGAGUGGCAACGUUGCACUUUAUCUUCUGAGAUUGCAAAAAAAGAAAAAAAAUUAAAAAAAAUAAUAAUAAUAAAGCAAGCGAAAGGCUAAUGCCCUGCCAAAGGGCAGCAAGGCCACCUUCUCCCCCCGCCCCGCGCUGCUUUUAUCCAGUGUUUUGGCUGCUCGGUGGUCCCGGGUGAGGCGUUUUUUUGGCUGCGGCGCGAUUUGGGCCUGUCUCUGACCGGGAUCAAAGCGUCCCAGCCCGACACCCACCGACCGGCCCCCGCUUCUGUGCCACUUCUCCAACACUCCUCGUGCCUGUGUUUAGCUGACGAACUAAAUCCAGAGACACUAGUUCGGUGUGGUUUUUCUAGGACAGCUUCAGUUUUAAUACAGCUUUAGUAUUUUAUUUUUUUUAAUGUUGUUUUGUUUUAAGGAAGCGGCUGUACAUAUUUGCUAGCCUGGGAAGGGAGGCGCGCGUGGUGAGAACGACUUCUGUUUCCCAUCUGGAGAGGUGGGAGUGAGCUCGUUAGUGCCGAGACCUUUAAUGAAGGCUGUGGAGAAGCUGCUGGUGGCUGAGCGCCCGCGGGGCCGGGCCGAGCAGGGGACGGAGCCGUGUUCGCCGUUGGCGUGUUCCAGGGGGGCAGAGGUAGCAAAUUCUCUCAGAAAACAGAAAAAAAGGAGAGUUGUGCUCCCAAUUAGAUGCAACGCGAAUGUACACGGUCCUGUCCUGAGGUGCCGCGCGUGGGUCUUGCUUCCUCGGCAGCUGCGCGCGGGGUGACUCUGCGCCGGGGGAGGCAGCGUGGGGAGAAGUGGGGCGCUGGGGGUUGGGGGGGGUGGUCUCGGUCCCGCCGGAUGGGGCACAGAGAGCUGGUGUGUGGGCAGCAGCCUCAGGGAGAUGCUCGGCAAAGAGAUUAUUUUUUUUUUUGUUCCCCCCCCCGCCAGAGCUGGUUGUCAGGGGUGAGGUUUGGAGGUGUCUGAGCUGCAGGAAGCAGCCGUGGGGGCUGCGGUGGGGCAGGACGGGCUGUGGGGGGGCGCGCUCGGUCCCUCCCUGGCUGUGGGUGCUGCCCAGGGCUGCUCCGCUGCCGUCCCGUCUGCUGGAGCCUGGCGUCUCCCUGCGUAUCAGUGGCACAUACAGUAACUUUGGGGCUUUUGGGGCUUUUUAUACUGUUAAACAAAGUACGUUUGAGUAACGCAGCGCGGGGGCCGGAGGCCACGGGAGCAGGAGGCCGGCAGCGGCGGACGCGUUCCUGCUGCCCCCGGCACCCGCCUCCCCUGGGCUCGGGGUCCUGGCCACAAACUGAAUGUAGUUGGGUUUUUUUUUUUCCUACGCUGACCCUCGCUGUUGUCCCCCGCGUAGUGUCGGUGUGUGAGACGGACGGGGGGGGCCUGUGGGACCCUCCUGUGUUUGUGUCGUUUAGGCAGAAUUUCUAGUUUUCUUGGAACGCAGCAGGGGCUUGAUGGCGGUGACGUCUUUGGGGGUGACGGGGCUCCUGCGUCCUCCCGGCACGUGGAAGGAGGGACUGACCGAGCCCCUCGUGGCUGGGCAGGGCUGUCCCUGCCGCCACAGCUGUCGGGAGGCCAGCAGCCCCCGGGCUUGGGACAAAUGUCACCCAAAAAAACCCCCCUCCUGGUGCGGGGCAGUCGGCGGGUUGGGUGGAAAAACUGCUACGGGAGGCAGCAGCGGAAAGUGGGCUCCGUCUCUCCCUCCUCCUCGGCACCUCAAGCCCAGCUCGAGUAAGAGUUUGCCUUCCGAAUCCCCCCCCUCGGUGAGUCUCGCUGGCCACCAGCUGGUGUCUGGAGCGGGAUCAGACACGAGACUCGUCGUGGUGCGCCCCUCUGCUUCUCCCACCCCGGCGCCCAGCAUUGCCUGCAGCUUCCCUUACCCCGUAACGUAGGUACAACCAGUAGCGAGAGAGUUGGGGGGGGGGGACAUGCCCACGGGGACAGUGGGGGCUGGCAGGGAGGGCGCAGGCCGCAGCAGGGCUGAGCCUUGGCCCCCUCAGUGGUCUCGGGAAGUCACGUCACUUCCCUGCCUCAGUUUCCCCAUCUGCGAGGUGGGGGGCCGAUGCUGCUCACACCCCCCCAGCCGUGGGGAGGGAGUGAGCGGUGGUUAAAAGUGUUCUCUAAAUGUGAUGUAUUAUUAUUAUUAUUAUUAUUUUGUGUCAUGGGGCUCCCGGCCGCUCGAGGAGGGGGUGCAGCCACUGCGUGGGGGGUGGGCGGCCGGGCUGUACCUGUGCCAUGGGGAGGAGGGGGCUGGGGACGGGGGGGGGCGUCAGUGCAUGGGUGUAAGGCUGAGACAAAGCUCUGUGGGCUGGGGGGGGGGCCGGGGCAGAGCCCCUCCUGCCCGGGGUGAAUUCGGCCCGAUUUGCUUCUGCCUUUCUGUCUCCCUCCCCCCCGGCCCCGCGAGGGGCUGUCGGACUGUCGCCUCCUCCGCAACAUUUCCUGACUCGAUGUUGUGAUUCUGACUAUUGUAAAAGGGUUGAAAUAAAGCUUCUAGAUGUUUC